AAAUAUUUCAGUGCGUUAGUUUUUUUGACUUGUUUCACAGCGAGUGUUGUGUGUAGUUGUUAUGAAUUGUGUUUUUACAAUGAUAUGAAGUGUUGUGGCAGUGUUAUGAAUGGUGGCGUUGCUAACAUAACAUUGGAUUACAGUGUACUAGGUUGAUCGAUCCAGUACGAUUCUGUGUACGCUACAGUUCGUAUCAUGGCAUCCAUGAUGGGUUUCCUUUCACAGGAAAGAAACCAGUGUUAAAAAUGGAGAGAAGUCGUGGUGACGUUUCGUGUCUGCUCAUGGCUGUGUUCCCCCUCCCACCAUGUACUGUUGUGACUACACCUGGCAUAUUUCCCUCGUGGUUCAUGUCUUGUGACGUCCUUCAUAUGCCACACGUGCUGUCCGAACUACUACCAUUAUAAAAAUGUCGUUAAAAAGCAGGAGCUUGGUAUGACAGGCAUCGUCAACAGGACCCAUGCUGUGUCCCCGUCGACGGUUGCGCAGGAAGUUACGUCACGUAGUGCGCUCCGUCGCCAUGCUGUGUUGCGGCCGGAGAAAGGAAGGUCGAGAGACAACACCGGAGAUGGCCACAAGCCCCCGGCGUCAGGUGUCACAGGUUCCAGGUACAAGCACUUCAGGUGUGAGGACCAGGGAACCACCACCCAUGGUGGUGCAAGCAGACUUCCGGAAGGUGAGCGGAAUCUCGACAGAGAUCUACCGACAGAUUGAGACAGUAGAGAAUGACCAUAACGAUAAAGAAACAGCUCAUGCACUACAAUUGGCGGAUAAGCAUGGAGAGAUGGUGGUACGGUUGCUCGAUCCCAGGCACAUGGGACGUGUUGCGUCCGAAGCUGCCAAACGCUUCCUCGCUCUGCAGGAUGUGAAGCACUUUGUGCAUCUGGUGGAGAUUGUGAAGAGGCCGGCUCAGACUCUUGGUCUGUACAUUAGGGAGGGAAAUGGACUUGACCGGUCAGAUGGUGUGUUCAUCUCUCGCAUUGCUUUGGAGUCACCCGUCUACAGCAGCAGCUGCCUCAAGGUGGGCGACGAGAUUCUUGCCGUCAACAUGGUUGACGUGACGAGGAUGAGCCUAGAUGAUGUCGUCAUCAUCAUGUCCAUACCGAGGCGAUUGGUGCUUGUCACAAGGCAGAGGAAAGCUGGAAAGGGUGGAGUAGUGUCGCCUCACCUGCAGCCACGUUCAGAACACAAACCCCCUCCAGUAGUCGUCAUCAAGAAAGAUCUGAGAGAAGAGGAUGACUUGGAUGACAUGGAUGAUACAGGAUCUCGGAGACGAGGGGGAGAUAGCAGGGAGAUGGUAUCUACUUCAAGGUCACGUCUAGGAUUAGGCUUAACUGGUCUGGGUUCAGAACAGGACCUGAGCCUUGAAAGCAAUGGCGAGACCACAGCCAAUGGGUUAGGCCUGGCUGACUUGUACUAUAACUCGAGACCAGAACACGCUAGUGAUAGGAGCGCUGCAGCGACAUGGUCAUAUCAACCGCCGCCUCCCCCGGUCAUUACGGAGCAACCAAAGCCCUCGUCCACACCUCAGCACUUCCAACCGUAUGAAAGAGGUUAUCCCAAAACACUAGAGUCGCUGGCAGAAAAGCAGGUGCAUGCGUUCUACUCAGGUCCUCCCCCUCCACCCGGAACAACAUCCAUCACAUCAACGAGGCGUAUGUCAGCUGGUCCGCAGCCCAGUUCAAGCACGCUGCGUCUGCAGCAGCACCAGCAGCCGCACUAUUACGUUCAGACAGGCACGCGGCGGGUAGGUGGACGAGUUAUGCCCCGCUCUGGUAGUGACCAGCACCUACCUCGCGUAGAAUAUGACUACACCAUAGGAGGAGGCCUUGGCACUCGGCAGACUUCGCACACUAUGCUGAGAUCCAGCCUCAAGUCUGCUGGUGGUCCCACAUAUACGUCGAGGUACAGGACGUCAGAUAUCUCAUCACAACAGAGGCAGCAGCCAUUUUCCACCGGGACGCUUACUAGAAGACAUCGCCCAUCUCUCGACUACGCGUCUGAUACAGAAGCGACUUGCACGUCCUCACCACGUUCCUCCUAUUAUUACUACAGGCAAGGUCUUGCAAUGCAGUCGCCUCGUACAUCCACGCUGUCACGGCCACACGUAGGUGUGGGAGGCACGGGCUCGUCGGCUGUCAUGGCAGCCGGGCUUCGUUCAAAUUCCUUGCCGAGAGACCACAGAGGCCGAAGUCACCACGCACAGCCAGGGCAGAUGCCGAGACACCACAUGGUCAGAUUUGAGCGGGAAAGUGGGGGAAGUGGUACGACCGGAUUAUUGGACCAAGAGGAUAGUGACGGUGCUGUGUCUGCCCCGGAACUUCCUGUGACCAGGAGAGAAAGAGGUCGCAUACCGUCAUCACCCAGUGUGUUCACUGCCGAUGAGUACCGAGCAUGGCUUCAGCGCACACCGUCCACCAGUGCCAUAUACGAACGGAUCCGAACCAGCCAUGACAUUUUACAAGCUCAGAGGGCAGCCAGGUUUACAUACAGUGCUGAAAAUCUUCUUGACCGGUCUAGGGAGUUACGAUUGCAAGAAUUGCUAUCUUCUAAAGAUCGGAAAAGAAAGGAGCAGCCCUCCUACUCAUACCGCCCGCAUAUGACGAGCACGUUGGACAGACACCAGUACUCGUCAUCUCGUUCAGCAGCUACCUCUGCUGGUCUGAGUGGCAGCGCCACUACAAGCCGCACUUCUUCCAUGCGUCGCUUGCGCCACCAGCAGGAACUGGAAUCCAGGCACAUACCCAACCCUUCCCCGACAAGGACGCAGGAUCCUCGCUCUAGAUUAUUGGAUAUAAAUCCUGCAGAAUUCCUCAAGUACAAGAUGGAUAAACCACCCAGUACUCUUGGAGUCUUAGGUGGCGAUACUGUUGUGACAGAGCCUGGAGUAAGCGGCUUGUUGUGGGUACACCUACUGGCAGGUAGAGGACUGCGCUCCACUACCUCAUCCUCAGCAGCCACGACACCUUCCACCCCUUCGGGACCACCAAUUGGAAGUUCCAGUAGUACAGGGCUAAGAGAUCUUUACUGUGUGCUGGAAUGUGACAGAGUACACAAAGCAAGAACAGUAGUGAGAACAGGAGACUUGGUUUUUGACUGGGAUGAAACCUUUGAACUGGAUUUGGUCGAUAAUAGAGAGCUAGACUUGCUGAUUUACUCAUGGGAUCCACAGUACAGACACAAGCUCUGUUAUAAGGGCUCAGUUCAUUUAGCGUCUCUGCUUCGAGAGUCACCUAUCCAUCAGCUGGCGCUUAAGAUUGAACCACGGGGUACCCUUUAUCUACGACUUAGGCACACAGAUCCUAGUAUAACCUUCAAGAGACGAGGCAUGAAAGGACACCAUAUAUUAGGUCGCCCAGGAAGCAAAUCACUGUCAGGGGUGGCAGCUCUAUUUGGAGCCGAUCUGGAAACAGUCGUAACACGAGAGAGUUUAACAGGAGGGGUACCCGGAGGUGUGGCUACAAGCGUCACCUUAGCGACGCAAGCCCCAUCUGCCGUUCCCAUGAUUAUUAGGAGAUGCGUAGAGGAAGUUGAGAGGAGAGGACUUGACAUAAUAGUUUUUUUGUGGAUUUCAUGUGAUUCUCGGAGUAAACGGCAGAUAUUACGGGAAGCAUUUGAACGAAACGCCCGCACAGUAGAUCUCUCGCCAGAUAAUGUUCCAGACAUUAAUGUUAUCACAGGCGUUCUGAAGGAUUACCUCCGUGAACUUCCCGAGCCACUCUUCACCAAAUGUCUGUACCAGAUGAUGAUUGACGCCCUCAGCGUCUGCCUGCCAGAUGAUCCAGAAGGAAAUGCCAAGCUGAUGUUUUCUAUACUAGAUUGUCUACCCAAGGUUAAUCGGCAUACUUUAAUAUUCUUGAUGGACCACCUGGCAUUAGUUGUGUCUCAGUCAGAGCGUAACAAGAUGUCUCCACAGAAUCUUGCCAUUUGUUUUGGUCCAGUCCUGAUGCUGCAGAAUGAAGAAGGAAAAGAAUUAGACUUCAAUCAGCCUAUUAGUGUGCUCAAAUACUUGCUGGAGAUCUGGCCUACAAAGUCAGUUCGGGAGGUCUUUUCUCCUUCUCUCCACCUGUCGGCAGCUUCUCAGCCGCCUCGCCUUCCAUCCUUGGCAGUGAGCAAACCGCUCCCGCCGUCGGUGUCAGUUUCUUCGGCAGUGGGAGGAGUCCCGUGGCAACUCGGGCAUGGAGCACGGGGUUCACCGGUCUCCAGGGGCCGGAAAUCGGCAGCCGCGUCUCCAGCAGGAUCUCAACAGCAGGUGGUAGUGGUAUCAUCACCCGACUCACCAACAAGUGAAGAAUCUUCACCGUCUCCCUCACGAGAAACUGAAGAAGUGAAAAAGCCUCUUGUAAAAUCAUCAGCUGCAGUCACAGUGGGACUAACUCUGCAGCAACGUACAGCCACCCUGAGGAAGCACAUUGGGGGUCAGCAGAAACACGCGCCAUCAACGACAAGCUCUGACGGUGGCAUACUCCAGGGAGUGAACGGUCUGCUGUCUUCAACAGCGACAGAACUUAUCCCCAACGGGACAGCCGACGACUUGCAACAACAGAUACAGACUCCAACAUCAUCGACUACUACAGAGGAUUCACGAAAAGAAGCAACAGCAAGAGAAGCUGAUGGAGAAGCAAGUGAUGAAGAGAAGGAAGAUGGUGAUGAUGAAGAUGAAGAUGACAGAAGAAUGAUGGGUAUCGAUGAUGAUGUCCAUACCACCAGCAAUGAUGAAGAGGAAGAAUGAAUGCACUGAUUACUCAUUGUUCACAAACCGUAUCAUCAGAAAAGUGAGGAAAAUCUACAGCCACUACCAAGAAGUCAUCUUGGGUUUCAUAUUGGCUGGGAAAAUCGAGCAGCAAGACACUUCGGAUCGAAGUCUUGUCGCAACGUAGUGAUAUACUUGAGGUAUCAUAUGAAGAUGGAAGAUCAUGAAAUCAGUGCACAAUAUACCUCAUCCUAUAACUCUUGUAAUAUAACUUGUUUAGUUUAUCAAUAAAUUAAUACGAAAAGUUAUCUGCUAUACAAACGAAAAUGUAGGAAAAAUUUUAAAUAUAUUGUAUGUCUGAUUAGAAGUAAUGAAAAGACGGUGAUUAAUGCUGCUAUAGUACUUGUAAACAAAUCACGAAGACAUUUCUUAUGUUAGAAAUAUGCUUUUUGUUAUGUGUAUCUGCAACGUAGUAGCUUAAGUGAUAAGUUUCGUCUCUGUCGCUAGUGGAAAACUAAUUACAGACUUGAAAGUAAAAUGGUUGUUACCUUUCAACUAACAAAUUGCUGUAGUUGAAGUCAUUUUUCAAAACAAGGAAAUUCAGUGGGCUUAUUGACGGAAGGAAGUGCCUUGGGUCGGACAACUUAGGUUGGGAUUCGAAGCUUGAUACGGAAAUGGAGGUCAGGCAGUACCUAUGUAUGAAGAAUUGGUUGUUAAAAAAUAUGGCUUAGAUUUUAAAUACUGUUGUAGGCAAUAAUGUUAUUGAAAAUAUCUGCAGUGGCAUUGCGAAUGGUAGAGAGUUUGUUGACAUCCAUAGCAAAAAGCACAAACAUAAGACGAACAAAAAGGCAUUCAAGGAACUUACAUGUGGAAGGACAUCAAAGCCUCACGCAGACAAUCCGUAACCAAAAAAGUAUUAUGUACGUACUUUUAUAAGUUUCAGAGGCUUUAGUUGUGUUGAAAAUUUACCAAAAGAAUUGAUGUAAACUGUCAUGGUGGUACACCUGCAGAUUGUUGGAAAGUUAAAGAGGAAUAGCGUGUCGAAGUGAAAAAUAUCCGUGACAUCUGUUCUUAUUAUAAAGCAGGUUGAAAGGUUGAAAUACGUUUAAUAAGAACUGAUUCUAAGCAAUAAAACAAUUAUGUCGUUGUGAAUAGUGCACAAAGUGGGGUUAGUGAUGCUAGAUAAUCCUACUGAGAAUGUCAGCAUUUGCUUCAAGGUUACUGCAGUUUAAUAUUGGAGUGUUAAGACCAUAAAAUACCCAAAUACUUACGAGAUGAAACAACUAAAAAUUUCUGGUCAUGUAGGUUGGCUUUCUAAAUACACAUGUCUUCACAAAGUUUGUGGAAGUACUAAUUUAAAUAUCCAUCUUCAAAUUUUCCUCUCAGCUGUCUUCUACUCGCUGCAACGUAGCACAGCCUAUAACCAGUGUGUGUUUUAAAUUAAACAAGGAAUUGUAAAAUAUAAAAUAAAUUUAAAAUUUGAAAUCAUCUGUACAUAAUGAUGCUAUCAAUAAAAUGUUCUUUGUACAUUCA